CUUCUCGCUCAUACACUCUUGUCCAUUGCUCGGACGUGCUUCAUUAGCCUUUGCUUAGGCCGCUGAAGGACGGUGUUUCUGUCAAACGGAAUGAAUUGACAGGAUAAUACUCUACCCAGUCCGUACUUCGGAAUGCAAAACUGUCUCAAGCUCGCCAUUGUGGGCGGAGGUCCCUCAGCGUUCUAUGUAGCGUCGCGGUUGAUGUCCCUCCUGCCGGCCUCGUCCUUUCAUGGACCAAAUCUCAGGAUUCAUAUGUUUGAUCGACUAUGGGCACCACAUGGGCUUGUGAGAUAUGGUGUUGCACCAGAUCACCCUGAAGUCAAGAACUGCACACAUAAGUUCGAUGAAGCAGCGCAAGACCCCCGUUUCUCAUUCUUCGGGAACGUCGACUUCUCAUCCUCAUCGACUUUGAACACCAACAUGUCAGUCCCAACGUCGCGGAGUCCGAAGACUACAAGUCAUCCUCUCAGCAUGCUGUUCAACAACUAUUCCCAUCUCCUCCUAGCCACCGGUGCUCCUUCCCCCAUUCUUCAUCCGGCUUUGCCACUCUCAAGUUACUGCAUUCCCGCGCUCUCGCUCGUUCACUGGUAUACUGACCAUCCUCGCCUCUCUCAGCCUCCACCCGCCCUCGACAAAGUAGAGCACGUCGCGCUCAUAGGUCAAGGCAAUGUCUCUCUUGACAUAGCAAGAAUGCUCUUGACCCCCCCUGAUGUUCUCGCCAAAUACGACGUUCCUGAGCACGUCCUCGAAGUCCUUCGCCGGUCUGCCGUGAAGCACGUCUCCAUCAUCGGGCGUCGAGGCCCUUUCGAAGCCGCCUUCACCACGAAGGAGCUAAGGGAAAUGACGAACCUGUCCGAGGCGGCCAUGGUACCCGUCGACCCGUCGCUACUCGUCCCCACCGAAGGCAGCAAGGUCACUCGGCAGCAGUCUCGUACCAUCGAUUUAUUGCAGAAAGGCUCUAAGAACAAGUACGGUACGACAAACAAGACCUGGUCUCUCGAUUUCUUCCGGAGCCCGACAGGACUCGCCGUGCCCGCCAGCGGAUCUUCAGGAAAGCCAGUACUGACGCUCGGACACACGACGCUGGACCCGGCCACCUCCCGAGCAGUACUGACCUCCGAGACGUCCUUCACAACCACCGACCUCGUCGUCACCUCCCUCGGCUAUCACUCGGAGCCCACUAUGCCGUUCUAUGAUCCCGCGCUCGGUCACCUGCGGAACGUCAGCGGCCGGGUCGUCUGCGUGCCCGAGGACAACGCGGGCUCGACCUCCGUGCUGAAGAACGUGUACGCCUCGGGCUGGGCCGCGACGGGCGCGAAGGGCGUGCUCGCGAGCACGAUGAUGAACGCGUAUGCUGUGGCGGACACGAUCCUCUCCGACUACUUCGCCGCGCUCCCGGGGUCGGUGCCCGGCGCGUCUGUGCAGACCAUACCCGUCUCCCCGCCUGAGCCUUCCUCGGGUGACCUGGCGGAGUCUGAUGGCGCGGUCGGGAAGACUGUGAUGAAUGCCUCGCCGCAUCCUGAAGAUCCUCCAGCAGAGAUCGUAGAACUGGUGAAGCAGGGAUCGGUGACGAGUUAUGAAGAUUGGAAGAGGGUGGACGAGGAGGAACAGAGGAGGGGGCGGGAGAAGGGUAAGGAGAGGGAGCGGAUCAGAUGGGAGGAGGCUAGGAGGUUCCUGGGCAAAGCUUAGAUUUAGCGCCCAACUUAUUUUGGGACGAGCAUUAAUGAUAGGUGGGUUUGGCUAGUAGGGGGAUUAUAUACUUGGUGACGAGUCAUCACAACUCAGCCAUUUACCACAUUGAGGCGCAAGUGGACCUUCUGCAUGUAUCUAUACGUGACACUAAUACAGCCAACGUAUCUACAGCGAUGUCAAAUCUAAC